GGCCCCGAGGCGCCCGCCUUCCUGCAGGGGCUGCUCACCCAUGACGUCACGCGGCUGGCGCGGGCUGAGGGGGCGGUGCCGCGCGCCCUCUACGCGCACGCGCUGAACGUGCAGGGCCGCUGCCUCUAUGACCUCAUCCUCUACAGGCUUCAUGAAAGUCAAGAAGAGGAGCCAAACAUCCUGCUGGAGUGUGACAGCACCGUGCUGGACUCGGUUCAAAAGCAUUUGAAAUUGUACAAGAUCCGGAGGAAAGUAGACAUAGACCCCUGCCUUGAUCUGUCUUUGUGGGCAGUCCUCCCAGGGGAGCAGUCUGGAUAUGUUUCCAGUACCCUUGAUAAAUACAAAGACAAGACUUUGAUUUUAACUCCUGAUCCCAGAGCCGAAGUCAUGGGCUGGAGACUGAUCACGAGCAAAGAGACAAACCCUCUAGAGGUUGUCCCUGGGAGUCAGAUAGGAAACACUAAGGAGUAUCAUAGGCACAGAUACAAACAAGGAAUUCCUGAAGGUGUAGAAGACCUUCCUCCAGGCGUAGCCCUGCCCCUGGAAUCCAACCUGGCCUAUAUGAACGGCAUCAGUUUUACCAAAGGCUGUUACAUUGGACAGGAGCUAACAGCGAGGACCCACCACAUGGGUGUCAUCCGUAAACGACUGCUGCCGGUUCAGCUUUCAGCUCCUCUGUUAUCGGGAACCAUUCCCGAGGGGUCUGAUAUCUUGACUGAAUCGGGAAAAUCAGCUGGCAAAUACCGGGCUGGAGGAGAUGAAGUUGGCAUUGCUUUGCUGCGAUUGGCUAAUAUAAAUGAACCGCUGCAUAUAAAUCUACCAGGUGACACCGCUGUGAACCUUACUGCAACUGUACCCAAGUGGUGGCCAAAACCUGCCAAUAAGUAAAUGAGGAAUCGUCUGCUGCACAUUUGCCUUACAAGACAAAUACUGUCUCACCAGCUUGGAAAAUUCAUUCUCUCCCUCCUGUCCCAUGCUUUUUUUUUUUCCCCCCUUUUGCCUUUUACAUUUUGCUUGCAGGAUGCAGUCAGGGAGGAUUGUAGCAGGGUCCUUGGGAUCUGGGCCAAGCAUUGGCAGCAAUUCAAGGGUAAUGUGCUGCCCGUUAUGGAGAAGCCAGCCCAUGGGGUGGUGAGACACUGAGGAAAGUUCAGCUUAUGGACUUUCUUCUGCAUAUUUCCCCUAUAAACCAGAUUGCGGGAGAUGGAUUAGAGAGACUUGUGCUGUGGAUGACUGGGCUCAAUCCCCAAAGAUCAUCCAUCCGCUCACAGCACUUCUGUGGCCUGCUUUCUCCCUCUGCAACCUGCACCUUACUGACUUCUGAAAGGGAGUGAAAACAAGCCAGUUGCUGCUGUCCCUCAGGAGCUGUGCUGUGGAGGGGUGAUUUCUGUACUGGCUUCCUCUCUGUUGCCCGUUGGCUUAGCCAAAGCUCCUGUGCACAGGGGUCAUGUCACACAGAUGCUGCUCCCCAAGUAGGUGCUUGGGCGCUUUGAGCUGUUUUCCUUUCCUUCACAUGAAGUAGCAGAUGAGUGCACGAGGCCUAAAAGUCUUGCUUGGGAAGGGGGAGGAGGGCUGUACUGGGUAAAGAAUAUUAACAACAGGGUGUUUAAAGAGGCCAGACCCUAGUCUGUGUAAGGGUGUCCAAUAUUAGUUGGUAUGGACAUAUUGUAGGAUCUGAGGAUUUUUAGUCUACCACUUACUGGAUGGAUCAAAGUUUAUUGUAAGUGUAGUGCUAUAUUGCAAUGCAGAAAGGGAUGAUGGGAGUAGGAAUCUUAGCAUGUAUGUGUACAUAUUAUUUUUGUGGUAUUGCACAUUUUAGCAAAGAGCAUGCUGCACAAAUCUUUCACUAGGAUGCAUCUUUGCUAUACUCAGGCUAAAACAUUCAUUGCAAGGACCUCCACAAUGAACUUUCUGCAGAGCUCCCACAUUUCUUGUUGUUUUUUUUUUCUUUCACUGUUAACUGUGAAGCAAAAAGCAUGGAUAAUACUCUGCAAUUCAAAUCUGUAAUUUGCUUUCAAUACCCCGUCCUGCGAGUGAGACGUAUCCAGGUUUCGAAAUCCUGGUAAGUCCCCGCAGAGCCAGCAGAGGGCACACACGGCGUACACCAGUCUCUCCAGAGCUGCGCUGCCAUCCAUGAUGCUGGUCAGAAAGGCUUAGUCUACAAGCACUUUUGGUAUCAAUAUAGCUGUUUUGGUUGGAGGAGUGAUAGUUCACUGAAAUAGUUAAAUUUGGACACCCCAUGCUGUUUGCACAGUCACACCCGUCUACUAGUGCCCUAUGCGAAUAAGUUAUGUUGCUGUGAGCACCUUUAAAUUAGUCCAGCUAUUUAUUUUGCCAGCAAAAUCUGAGGCAGAGCUUAAACUCAAAAGUGAGCAUGGCUACAGACCGGGAGUUCUGCCAUUAACGCUCUGUGGGGUAGACCAGGACUGAUGGUUCUGACAGUAAGGGGGUUUUUAACCAUGAGGGUGUAGCUUAUAAUAAAAGCAGUACCACUGUUUUUCUGUAGACCAUGCCAAAUAUAUGUACAAUGAGGAAAUAAAUAGUGGGACUAGCUGACUUGUCCGUAUAAGGAAAUCCCGUAAAUUGCCCAAAAAUCCUCAAUGAGUUUCUAAAACCUUGGGCUGCAUUAUUGCUCUUGCAUCAUUUUUACAAACUGAUGCGUGUUUGUCCAGUGCGAGAUGCCCACUCCUCCCCUCUAUAUGGAUAUCGUGGAAGACAGUAUCAGAUGGGAUGACUUGUAGGAUUGUGUCCUGUGAAGGGUGAGCAGGAGAGCGCUGAGCAAAGUCUGCAGUACCCUGUGACCCCAAGGCCUGCGUGCCAUCUAUGCUUAUGUCUGCAUCCCGUCUUUCCCAUCUGCAUAACUUGUUGCCUUUGCCUCCAAGUAUUCCUGGUUGUUUUCCUGCUUCCCACACUCCCUCAACAGCUUCAAGCUGCUGCCAAGCAAGGCCUUUCUCCAGCCAGUUCAUGUUGCUGUCUCUUCCUGGGGUUUACUUCAUCUGCUCCACUCUGUUUCCUUCAAGCUCUCUUUGGCCAGUGCUGGUUUAUGCUGGCUCCAUCUUUUCAUCUAUCCCUGAUUAUGCAGCUAUGUCUGUCCUCUCACCUGACAGCUUGCCUUCUCUGUGCCUUCUUGUCCUCAUCCACUGGUAAUGUAACCUAAUCUAUGAAAAUGCACACGGCUCCUAUAAAACGAACAGUACAAUCUGCACUCAGAAUUGGGCGCGGGGUGUGUAUGGUAUGGAGAGAAAGAAGUCCUGUUUAUUCCCUGUUUGUAAUAAUUGUUCAAAGGGCAUUUUGGCAUUGCAUUGUCCUCGCCAUUACUGUGAAGUGGGCUGUUUCUUUGAGAACUGCUCAUGUUUGUUAAAACUCCUCAAUCUUGAUGUAAACUAAUUCUGUGGAAUACCUCAUUAAAAGUUAGCUAUGUCAGUAAUUUAAAAGAAUCUCUUACCUUUGAUUGCUCACCCUAAGUCAGAUUUACCUAGACAAAGGUCUGAUCUUUCAGUGAUGGAACUGUGUUGGCAUUCUUGCUUUUUAGAAUAAGGGGUCUGCUCCUAUUCCUGUCUACAGACAAUGAAAAUGUAGCCCGUUCUGGGUCCGGCCCAAAAUCCACCAUCUACCAAAAUGGGAAGUCAAAGGUGACUUGGGAAGUGUGGUAUCUGUUAAGACCUGAGCCCUGUUUUAAAUGUUUCUCCUACAUAUGAUGGUAUCAUUAAUACAGGAAGAAUCGGAGAAGAAGUGGAUGAUUGUAGACUUCAGUACUAAUAACCAGAAUAUGCCCUUUAGUCUGAGGGAUUGUCAGUUUGGAAUGGCAUAGAAGGAGAAAUGCAUGGGUGUAAUACUUGAUCACAGGAUGAUUAUGAACCACCAGGAGACGCAGCGAUGGAAAAGGUGAUCUGAAUGCUUAUCCAUCAAAGUAUUUCCAGUUCAGAUGUAGUAGAACAGUAAUGCAGUUCUGCAAGGCAUUAAGGAAGCCACAUUUGAAUUACCAUCUAUAAUUCUGGUCAUGCAUGUUCAAGAAAGGAGCUCAAGGUGGAACAGGUGCAUGGAAGGAGCUACUAGGAAAAUAGGGGAAAUUUUAAAAGGCAUCUUAUGAGGGGAGACUAAAACAGCUUGGCCCAGCAAAAUGAAGGCGGAGAGGGGAUAUGAUUAAAAAUACAUUGGGUUGAACACAAGGGAAGUAGAAGAGCUAUUGAAGCUAACGUAACAUUGGCACAAGAACAAAUGAGCAUAAACUGUCCAUGUAUAAUAAGCAUAUUAUAACAAGCAUAAACUGUGUUCCAUUAAGAGCAAGGACUUGCACUUCCUGGUUAGUGAGGUGGCUCCUGUCUUUGUUGUCUGAAUUUCCGCAUGUAGUUUGGGAUCAGUGUGUAUUGGUUUUUAUUAUUAUUAUUAAUAUUUAAGAAAUAUACAUGAAGCAAAAUUACUUACCUUUUAAAGAUUAUCUACUGCUCUCUGAAAGGAGUAGAGACCGGGGUGACUCCCUGUCCCUGGCCAAUCUAGGGAAAUGUCAAAACAGCCUCACUGGUUUGACAAAGCAAAACAGAACAGCUGUUUCAAAUCAAAAUGAAAUUCGAUACGAAAGGCUGUUCUGUCGAAACCUCGAAACUCAAGGCGAAACAGAACGGUGCCGUUUCGCACAGCCCUGCUGCUUUGUUGUGUUUCAAUUUUAAAGAGUUGACUCAAAAUGAAAGAAAUGGAUAUUUACCCAACAUGGGGUACAAGUUACAUCAUGGAAUCAAUCUGUGUGAGACACACGAGUAACACUUGGUUUCUUACCCAUCUAGGAAAAUGGUUUUGUUUCUUCGUGUGAAAAUAGUUUUGGGCGAUAGAAAAGUUGUGUGGCUCUGUGCUGACACGUGUCUCCCUCUUGAAGAGUCUUUUUUUAAGUAGAGGUGAAAAAACUGAGACUGAGUUUACUCGUGUUCAGUCAGUUCUCAGGUUCUUAAGUUUUUUUUGCUGGAAGCAGAAAUUAAUCUGCAGCGGUUUAGACUUUCUGAAUGUAACAAAGGAGAGACUGUGUAGACCAUAUUUAGGCUGGUUUGUCCGAAAAGCUUUUCCCCCCUGUCACCCAUUGUGCAAAGUC